UUUAUAUAUGAAAUAAAGAUUGGUCAAUCUUUAUAGGGGUUCACAUGCCAUGGUUCUUCCCACUGAAAGCAAAGAAGACAAUACCACAGAAGAAAGUAUUCUAGAAGAGUAUGUUCUGUUGAAACUUCCCCAAACGACAAAAUGUCUGUCGUCAAAUGCUACUGAUUUCCGACUUAUUGGGUUGGAGGAAGGAAGACCGUUCUUGCAAAUUGGAAAUGAAGUAUUUCAAGGUACUUUCGAUAAGCCAUUAGGCACUAUUUUAUUGUUUGGAGAUCAAGACGAAAGUAUUGAACAGGAAGCAGAAAAAGGUAAACCAUCUUCUUGGGGUUUUAUAGGAUAUACGGAAGAGACCAUCAAGUUUGAAAAGGUGCAGCUAAGGAAAAAGAAUAUAGCUCCUGAGACAGAGGCGAACAACAAAGAAGGGUAUUCAUCUUAUCCCAACCAAGAAGCAAAGAAGGAAUAAUAAGUAGAAAGUCUGUCGUAACAGUUGCACUACAAAU